UGGAGGCGUAACCGUGCAGAACCUUAGCUUAAAUCCGCACCCUGCUUUACAUUAUCGCAUUCAUUGAAUCUUCCCCGUCUCAGAGCAGCAGCAGCGAACAUUACAGCAAUGGCAAAGUACAUCCAUGUCCCAGAAGGCGCACCGGCGGUUCCUAAAUUAGACGUGACGGUAGAUGAGCACGAUUACAGAGCCGGAGCGCUGAAACUCAUCAAGACCCUCAGACCCCACUGGAAACCUUCUGAGGUCAAAUUGAAGUUUUUCACCGACGGCAUCACAAACAAGCUGAUCGGCUGUUACGUCGGCGGGUCCAUGCAGGAAGUGGUCCUGGUACGGGUCUACGGGAACAAGACGGAACUGUUUGUGGACCGUGAAAACGAAGUGAAGAGCUUUCGUGUCCUGCAGGCACACCGGUGCGCGCCACGCCUCUACUGCACCUUCAACAAUGGCCUGUGCUAUGAGUUUUUAGAGGGUGUGGCCCUGGAGCCCGAGCACAUCCGCAGCUCCGCAGUCUUCAGGAGCAUUGCAAGACAGAUGGCAAAAUAUCAUGCCAUUCAUGCCCACAACGGCUGGGUGCCCCAGUCAGACCUCUGGCUGAGAAUGAGCAAGUACUUUUCUCUCGUUCCUACACAUUUUGAGGACCCUGAGAUGGACCAGAGGCUGAACAGUGAGGUGCCCAGCUCCGCGUGUCUUAGAGACGAGAUGAUCUGGCUUCAGCAGAACCUUUCUAAACUGGGUUCCCCAGUCGUUCUCUGUCACAACGAUCUGCUCUGUAAGAACAUCAUCUACAACCAAAAGGAAGGAAAUGUCAAAUUCAUUGACUACGAAUAUGCUGGGUACAAUUACCAAGCCUAUGACAUUGGGAAUCACUUCAAUGAAUUUGCAGGUCUGAAUGAGGUGGACUACACCCAUUACCCUGGGCGGGAGCACCAGCUGCAAUGGCUCCGGUCCUAUCUGGAGGCCUACAAGGAGUACAAAUCACAGGGCACACAGGUCUCCAACACUGAAGUGGAGUUGCUGUACGUGCAAGUCAACCGCUUCGCCUUGGCAUCUCAUUUCUUCUGGGGACUGUGGGCAUUAAUCCAAGCUGAGUACUCCACCAUUGACUUUGACUUCUUAGGAUACGCAGUUCUCCGUUUCAGCCAGUACUUCAAGAUGAAGCCGGAGGUGACGUCACUGCACCUUCCAGAAUAAUCUCUCAGGUCGUGUGUUGCUACUCUAGAGAAGGGCUCCCCCUGGUGGACACUAGAACUAGCUGGAGGUUUCUUCAGUUCGUAGACUGAACACUGCACUUACUUGUCUGAACACAUCAUUUUAGAUAAGCCCCAAAAUAAUUUCCGAGCUCAAAGUUGGUUUAGUGUUAUAGAAAACCAAGUACCCAAGUCGUCCUCCUCCUCCUUGCAUUUAUGUGGCGGUCGAGACCAGUGCCCUAGUUCAUGAAAUUGCCAAUUGAGGAAGCAAACAACUGACAAAAAGAUGGCUUACUCCGGAGCCUUGACUUGCCAAUGUACAGUAUGUGCAGAGUGAGCCUUGGAGAAUCACAAAUAAAGAAAAGCUCCCCAGAUACCGAUCCUCCAAGGACAGGGAACCUCAGACAACAACAAUUAUUAUCAGAAGACAGAGAGGACGGCCACCGGGUCUGUUUUUUAGCAACUAACCAUCAUCCUAAAGGUCAUUCCUGCUUGUUUACACAACUUUUAAGGGGAUAAAUCUGUGUACUGUAAGAUAAUAUUGGGCUUACUGUAUUGAUAGUCACUGAUUCUGUCUAAACGGCGAACUUCUGGCCUGCCUGUUCCAACGAGGGUUGUUCUUGGCACAGCUGUGGUAAAAGAUGUGUGAUUCAGGGACCAAUAGAAGCUUCGUUGUUUGUUUUUGGCAGACGAUUCUUCCCUCAUCAUGCCACUGUGAACCACUGUAUACCGCAUUCAUAAUUGUUUUCUCAGCGUGGUGCUUGGAGAAGGUAGACGCACAGUAGCCGGGGCUACAAUGAGCCGGUAGCUAAUCUGAAGCCCACACCAAAGUGCUGAUAUUUCUUGCUUGUACAUUAUGCACAUGUCUAUUUUUCCACAUUAGAAACAACAUGGUAAUAUUUGCAGUUCGAACGGUGGAUUUUGUACUUAUUUAAAUGCCUCUGGUAAAGAGAUUGCUCGUGAGCCGUGUACUUUUUUUUCUCGGAGGUCUUGGUGAAUUCUUUGUAAUGGAUGUCAUUUUUGGAAGCCUUUUGCUAGAUGCACUAAAGCUUUUGUAUUCAUACUCCCCGUCCGCAUUACAGGCCUUUUUGCACAAAACCGACUGCUUUGAGAAGAAAACAAGUCCCCACUUUAUCUUGCGAUGGGCCAUUCUUUCUGCUUAAGAAAUAGUUAUGACCACAUGUUGGGAGUUGAGAUUUUGGUAACACUUUAUUUUACUGGGUCCCCGUUACACAAUUUUUGUUACUAAAUUGAACUGCUAUAGUAAAUAGUGUUUAUUUGGAUCCCACACAGUAAUUAAGGUCAGAAAUUAAUUUGGC